CAGUUUUGUUAAUUCUUUCGAGACAGACACACGUUUUGGCACUGAAAGAAAUUGUAUCAUAUAAGUAGCUCAAUUUGGCAGCGUUAAACUGAAAAUAGAUAGAUAAGUGUAAAUAUGGUUAAGGGUAACAAUGGAACCAAAAUGAUGGUUAAUCGCGUAAUGGAGCUGCUAAAUGCCAAGAUCGCACGUGCCCAGACUAGACACGUUGCCAAGCGGAUGCCUGUGGCAAGUCUGAAUACUCCCUACAUGGAUAUCAACGCAAUGCAGCGUGAACGCCAGAAGUGCCAAGCAUAUGACGCCAGUAAACGACUCUCUAUGUGGGAACAGAAGAAAGAUCAAGAAAAUGAGCUGCAGGUCGGAGCUCGACUCGAUCAGUCACAUUACAAAAACAGUGGACUUAAAAAGCGCAACUACGAUUGCACAUGGGUUGAUUUUCCAGUAAGACAGCCAACCAAGCCUCAGCCGAUUUUUAUUCUCGAUGAACACAUUCCCGUCAGACGUAGGAAUUGUGAAAACCGUCCGGAAACUGCAAAACCAUGCGACGCUGAGGCUUCUGACUUCCUGAAGCAAAUGUACAGUUCCGGCACUCAGAAGAAUCGUAACCCACAUCCCGAUUGCUUAAAUUCCAAUCCGAAAGCUAUACAAAAGAACUUCUGCGAAAAGAGACUCAGCCCAAGACAAUCGCGUUUCUAUAACUGAUGCCUAAAAUUUAUAGUAGUUUUUAAGUAAACUUUACAUUGCAUUGCAUUGGACAAAAUUGGAUAUUCUUCUGUUCACCAGAAUUUACCAGAUUUUGCAUUUCUGCGAAUGUUCUUUUAAAUUUUAUUCGUAUUUUGAAUUUAGAUCAUAAUUGAAUAUGUUAAAGUGCAAAGAAAUUAAUGCAUAAAGAAUAUAUAUUAAUGGAAAAUAACUAAUAAAA